AUGCCCUUGCCAUAUGUGUGGUUGGUUUUCUGGCUGUCACUGGUGUCCUGCAGCCUGGGGCUGUACCUGCUGACAUUCAUCAGCAUCCAGAGGUGCAGGUCCAUCCACUGCCUGCUCUGGCACUGCUGCCACCGUCCCCAGCACCUCUCAAAGGUGGUGUGUGCCCUGCUCUGGGCAUUCUCCAUCACUCUCUUUGCCACAGUAAUGUUCCUGUGUUCAUCCCAGCUACCUGAGUACUGCCAGGUGCUGUCAUCUCUCAUCUCUAUGUACAAUUUUGACCUCCUCCUCUGUGCUCUCUUCGUGCUCAUAUCCAGCACAAUCCUUUUCAUUAAGGUAAGGUCUGGCUCCCACCAACAGCAACCCAAGAGGCUCGACAUUGUUAUCUGCCUCUCUGUGCUCCUCACUCUGCCCCUCAGCCUCAGGAAUUUACUGCAGGAGCUCGGUUAUACCAUUUUGUCCCCCAAGGGAGCUUUUCUUCUCACUUGCAUCCACAGCAGCAUCAAACCCUUCAUCUACUUCUUGGCAGGGAGCUGCUGGAGGCACUGCUCUAUGGAGUCCUUCCAGCUCCCUCCAGAGGGUCAUUGCAGAGCCAGAAGGAAACCCUACCUGCAUCAAUCAUCCUGCCAUGGAAGCUGUGCUCUGAGUCUGGUGAUUCCUCCUUCUGCACUGCUGAGGGACCCCGGACAGUGGCUGAGGGAUUCGUUGAGCCAUCUAAUGAAUAAAUACCACAGUGUCACCCUUCCUGUGCUGGUGCAUCCCCUCCCCCUUUCCAGGCUGCACUGGGAUCUGAGAAAUGCUCCUUAGGCAUCAGCCUUGAGGAGCAGCCCCUGGGCUCAGCUCCUCUGCAUCUCAUCACAAACACACUCUGCUCCCAGGAACUGCUGCUAUCCAACAAACUCCUGGAUUUUAUGGAGAGCCUUGGAAAUUAUUUCACUUCCCUGAAUGCCACAACAUCCCUGUUCUCACACUUUCACAGAAAGUUUC